CUUUCGUAUGCAUUUAAAAGCACACUAAAUUGCCAAAAAAAUAUCUGUUCCUUUCCUUCAACAAUGAACCAACUCUUUCCCGUUUUGAAGCAAUGAAAAGAUUGAAUACAAAGAACAGUUUCGAGAUCAAUAAAUUAUUGAUAAAAAUAAGCUUCGAAGCGUAGUUAAACCCAACUUAAUUUCAAUGCGACCAAAAACAGAAGGUUCUCAGUGAUUUUCUCAGUCUCUGUCAUUCUUUACUUCUAUAUUUAUAAGUUUUUUUCUUGUAUGUGAAAACAACAUUUUAAUACGUCACAACUUUUUUUCAGACUAAUAUGUAGCGUUGCUAAGUGUGUUGGUGUAGUUUGCGGCCUAUCUAACGCCUUGAGAUUUUUUUCAUGCUUACGACUAUUCAAAGUUACAUCAGAUCGUUUCACCACUCAAUUUAUGAGCUCAAAAUAACAAUUCAUUAUCGAAUUAUAUUGACGAAUUAUUCCUAAAAUGGCAGUUUGGUGUUAAAAGCAAUAUAACUUGUUUAAAAAAAUUGUUUUUUCUUUAUUUUUAUCAAAAAGGUUGACUAUCAACGUAAAUGCCACAUCCAUUUUUGAAAAAUUCUAAAAAUAUUUCGAUUCCCUGUGUUGAGUACCAACAUCAGCAGAAUCGUGCUAGAAAUUUAUCCUCGAGCUAUGACAAAUUAUCCGAAUACAGUAGUCAAUCGACGAAUCCGUUGUACGAUCCAAGUGCAGCAACUCUUCCGUAUGCUAAAAUUUAUUCUUCUGACAGCAAAUUUGAUUGGAAAAAGUUGUAUUAUGACGUAACAGAAAAGGCCCGAUGCUCGAAGAAACUUCCACGACAGAGGUCGAAUUUUGCAGCCUGCUCGGAUGGAAGCAGUUUGUUCGUACAGGGAGGUAUUGGUAACAAUGUGUCGUUCAGAGACUUCUGGAGAUUCGAUUUUGCUUCGAGGAUUUGGACUGAGAUAGAACCACGAUCAGCAGGUCUACCGUCAGGUCUACCACUGCUACGUGACCACUGUAUGGUCCACUAUGGAUCCAAAGUGUUCAUUAUUGGGGGAAAUCUUGUGGAUCUGGAUCUCGCUGUACCAAUAUGGUGCUACAACAUACUGUUUUCAUCCUUCGAAAGGCUGCCAGUGCCCUUAUCUUCUUCCUCGUCAUCAUCAUCAAAUUCCCCCCAAGAAAACAGAUUUUACCCCCUCACUUGUCAAAGGUCGAAAAGCUCCAAAUUAGCUCUCCCGUUGCCUUCAAACCUGACCUCUCAUAGCGCAGUUCUGUUAAAUAAUUGCAUAGUUGUUUACGGGGGAUAUAAACAUAUCUACGGAUGCUCUGGCGAAUUGUGGAUGUUUAAUUUAGACUAUCAUAAAUGGUCCUUGCUUUACUUAGCCAAAGACAACUCGAGUUCAAGUAAAGGACCGCCUCCAUUGUACAAGCACAGAGCGGUGGUUUAUCAAAACGAGAUGUUUAUAUUUUUUGGCCGUCGCAAUAAUGGAAGUUAUAAUAAUGAUGUGUGGGCUUUCAACUGUGAUCGUAUGACGUGGAGAAAAAUUAACCAAAAUGGUCAAAUUCCCCCAAACUUGACGGACUGUGACCUGCAGGUAGUUGGGUCAAAUGCGGUCUGUAUUGGCGGCAAAGGCGAAAAUGGAGAAUUCAAUCAGUGGAAUUAUCUGUUUUUAUUUUCGGGCCAUAAAUGGAAGACGACAGAUGUUUGCAAUGAUAGCUACGCAGUCUAUGGGCCAGUAGUUUUGUGCGUCUCGAUUUCACCGUCAUCAAUUGAUUCUAAUGACUAUGGAACAGCGCAUCAGUUUAGUGUACAGCAAAGAAAGCAGAUAGAUGUGGGUACCAGGAAGAAAAUCUACGGCAAGAAUGUUUGCUCGACAAAGAAUCGCAACAGCCAAACUGUAGGCCUUAAUGGGAUCAUAGACGUCGUUUCGAAUCCCUGUUUGUCAUCCGUAGAUCUUAUUCCGAAAAAGAAAACAAUCUUUCAAAAUGCAAUGUUCAAGUCAAGUAACUUUGUUUGCAAUCCGGGGGAAAGAGAAAAUGAAAUGGACGUUUUAGUGGACACAGAAGUAAUAAGUAAAGAGAAGUCUUUAGACGUUGACGGUUUGGCGAACAGGUUAAAAAGCUUCAGUAAAAGUUUCCCAAGGUUGGACAAACUAAGUCAAGAGCACCUCGACUACUCGUUGAAAUCAACAGAAUCUGCUAAUUUCUUAUCUAUGGAUUCCUUAGUUCCUAUAUUAUAUAGAUUGCACGAUGAUUCCGCUUGUGACGAUGAUGCUUUUCGGACUAAUUUAGAUGCAAGUGAGCUGAAAAAUGGCUACGAUAACUUGUGUUACCUAGAAGAUAGCUUUGACAACCCUCGUUUUUACGGAAGACAUUUGAGCGAAGUCUCAAAUGGUCGACCAACUGAACAUCUCAUGGAAUCGCCAAGCUCAUAUACAAGACUAAAUGCAGAAGUUAAAAGGGCUUCCAAAUCUGAAGAGAGAGUUGCAACUUUACUUCUCAUUGGUGGUUUUGAAGAAAGUUAUAUCCCUGGAAAAUCAAGCACUUUGGAAAUUAGUUAUUGCCAUUUAGAUGCAGAAACUGACUGUUCUGGGAAUCUUUGUUCCCAAAACCCCAGAACUGAAACAUAUUUCUAAUUUGAUUCUCAAAUCCAUUGUGAUGAAUUAGCUUUUUGAUGACAUAUCUUUUGAAAUUUAUCUGUUUAAACUAACCCUUUAAAAAUUAACGUCAAUGUGAAAGUAUUCGGAUUGUUGUCAAUCGAAUUGAAACUGAUUAUGUAUUGGUUGAAGUAAGUUAUAACUUCUACCUGCAAGCUUUGUCUCCAUUUGCAUUUUCCUUCAAAUUUGUAAGAGUUUACUGAGUUAUUAGUCCAAUUUGCAUUUAUUUUAGAUUAUCAUUAAAACUUAUAUUUUCAUUUCCUAAUUAGAUAGUAAAAUUCUGCAUUCAAAUUCAAAAUUAUUUUGAGUUUC